UCUCUCUCUCUCGCGCGCGCUUAGAGGAAUGCCUCGGGCGGCGAGAAAGGCGCUUUAGAAGAUGCCCAGGCUGGAGCCAGCUUGCCGUCGGGCGGGCGGGCGGCAUGGCGACGAGCGGCGAGGCGGCGUCUCCCCUUUUGCGGGGCUGAGGCUCUGAGGCUACUGCGCGGCGCACAAUGAAACUCUACUGCAAAGUGGUGGCCCUGGCGCUCUGCCUGGCGCUCCUCCUGCUGCUUUACCUCUUCGUGGGCAGCGACGCCGACGAGCCGCCUUUGAAAGCGGCCGCGGGGGGAAGCCGCCCGGCGCGCGCCUCUUCCUCCGGGCCCGGCGGGGACUUCGCCGCGGGGCGCUUCCGACCCGUCCAGGCUGCGGAGCGAGAGGAGGAAGAAGAGGCGGCGGCAGCGGCGGCGGCUCAGGCUCAGGUUUCCAAGAGGGAGCCACGUCUCCACAGAAAAACGGGCAGGCGCGGCGCUGCCCGAGGGAAGUUUGCGAACGUGAGGAGACCAAAAGACCAGAAGCAUUCUGCAGCCCCGCUCUCAUCUCCGCAGUGGAUGCAUCUUGCGGUUGUAGCAUGUGGCGACCGGCUGGAAGAAACUCUCACCAUGCUGAAAUCAGCAGUUCUCUUUAGCUACAGGAAACUCAAAUUUCACAUCUUUGCUGAGGAUUCCCUGAAGCCUGAAUUUGAGAGGAAACUACAGGAAUGGCCCCCUUCGUACACAAAGAAGUUUGAAUAUAAUGUCUACCCAAUCGCCUUUUCAGUGGGAAAUGCUCAGGAAUGGAAAAAAUUAUUCAAGCCAUGCGCUGCCCAGCGGCUCUUUCUCCCGACGAUUUUAAAAGACGUAGAUUCCCUUCUGUAUGUGGACACAGAUGUCCUAUUUUUGCGACCCAUUGAUGACAUCUGGGGCUUCCUGAGAGCAUUUAAUUCCACGCAGCUGGCUGCCAUGGCUCCAGAACACGAAAUACCAAAGAUUGGCUGGUACAGUCGGUUUGCUCGCCACCCAUAUUACGGAGUGACUGGGGUAAAUUCUGGAGUCAUGCUGAUGAAUUUAACCCGUAUUAGGAAUGCCCAGUUCAAGAACAGCAUGAUACCGACAGGCUUGACAUGGGAGGAGAUGUUGUACCCUUUAUACCAAAAGUACAAAAACUACAUAACAUGGGGAGACCAGGACUUGCUCAACAUCAUUUUUUACUUUAAUCCAGAGUGUCUCUAUCUGUUUCCUUGCCAAUGGAACUAUCGACCGGAUCAUUGCAUGUAUGGCAGUAACUGUAAAGGAGCAGAGGAAGAAGGUGUUUCUGUUCUCCAUGGGAACAGAGGUGUCUACCACGAUGACAAACAGCCUACUUUCAAAGCACUCUAUGAAGUGAUACGUGAUUUUCCCUUUGAAGACAAUCUCUUCCAAUCGAUGUACUACCCUCUCCAGUCAAAAUUCCUUGAUACUGUACACACUUUAUGUGGCCGAAUUCCUCAGGUUUUUCUGAAACAAAUCGAAAGAACCAUGAAGAAAGUCUACGAAAGCCGGGUGAUCGUCAACGUUGGGGCCAAUUUCAGAUUAUAAGCGCAGCAAUAUAUUUUGAUAUGGUUUUCAUAUUCUUAUCCAGUCCUCCUAAGGUACAUUAGGCCAUUUUAGGCUGCAAUCCUAUAUAACACUUCCCUGGGAGCAAGUCCAACCUAACUCAGUGAGUUACCUUUAACUAAC